GCCAGGGCUGCGGCAGGAUGGCCGCGCUGAGCCCCGCUGCACCUGAGCCAGGGCUGGCGGCGCUGGAGGACGAGCUGACCUGCUCCAUCUGCCUCUGCCUCUUCAGCAGCCCCGUGACGGUGCCCUGCGGGCACAACUUCUGCGCCUCCUGCCUGGAGCUCACCUGGGCCGGGCUGACGCAGGACUUCAGCUGCCCGCAGUGCCGCGCCAGCUUCGCGGGCCGCCCGGCGCUGCGCAAGAACACGGUGCUGUGCCGGGUGGUGGAGCAGCUCCAGGGCAGCUCGGCCAAGGCGGAGGCCAAGGGGGAGGCAGCGGGCUGCGGGGCGGCCGCGGACCCCGUCUCCUGCGACAACUGCCUGCAGGCGCCCGCCACCAAGACCUGCCUCACCUGCAUGGCCUCCUUCUGCCUGGAGCACCUGCGGCCCCACCACGAGAGCCCGGCCUUCAGCGACCACCAGCUGUGCCCGCCCCUGCAGAACCUGCAGCAGAGGAAGUGCAGGGACCACAACAAGCUCCUCGAGUUCUUCUGCAAGGAGCAUGCCAGCUGCAUCUGCUCCACCUGCCUCCUCGGCCACAAGCUGUGUCACAGCAGUCCCCUGCGGCAGGCCAAAGAGGAGGCCGAGUCAGCGCUGAAGACGACACUGGCAAAGCUGCACACUCAGAGUGAAAGCGCUGCUCAGGCAAUGACCCUCGUGAAGGCAAACCAAAGCCAGACUGUGGAGACAGCUUCCAGAAAGAGAGAUUUGAUCAAAGCUGAGUUUUCAGAAAUUAAAGCUUUAAUUGAAGAAGAAGAAAAUCGUAUCUUAAAAAUAAUUGUUGAUGAAGAAAGAAGAAUUUUAAAUAAGUUUGAUUAUAUUUUUGGUGUUCUGGGAAAUAAGAAGAAUGAAAUUCAGUCUACCAGAGACCAGACUGAGAGGGCACUGACUGAACGUGAUGACAUUCUGUUUUUAAAGAGAGCAGCUGCAUUGCUACGAACGUCAAUAAAAGAUGCCUUCGUUCCCCCAAUUGAAAUGGACCAAAACUUGAUACAUUCCGUUUAUCAAUCUGCCGUUAACAUUAAAGACAUUGUGAAACUUUCAGUGACUCAGUCUAGGGAGAAAAAACUAGAAGCGAAACCAAUUGGGAAAACUAAGCCUCCUCUAGCAGCCUUCCUAAACAAAACGAUUUCUGGAAAAAAGCCUGCUAUACCACAGCCUACCAACAGAGAGAAAAUCCAUCACAAGACUCAAGCCACCUUGCAGGAGGAGGCAGAUACCAAGGACAAAAAGAAACCUGUUAACCUUGCACCAAAUACAGGAACACCCAAUGCUGCACCUGCCGUUAUAACAAAACAUAUUAUUGACAGCUUUCUAAAGAAAUCCAGAGAGGAGCUUUUGCAGUAUGCUGCCAGAAUCACACUGGAUUACAACACAGCUCAUAACAAAGUCGCUCUGUCUGAGAGAUAUACCAAGAUAUCUGUCUCAGAAAUCCCUCUGAAAUACAGUGAUCACCCUCAGCGCUUCACCUAUUGCUUCCAAGUGCUGGGGUUCCAGUGCUUCAAGAGAGGCAUCCACUACUGGGAGGUGGAACUACAACAGAACAACUUCUGUGGCAUUGGCAUCUGCUAUGGCAGCAUGGAGCGGCAGGGACCAGAAAGCCGUCUAGGGAGAAACAGCCAUUCUUGGUGCAUUGAGUGGUUUAAUUCCAAAAUUUCAGCCUGGCAUGAUGAUGUUGAGAAGUGCUUACCCAAUAUAAAGGCUACCAGGAUUGGUGUGCUGCUGCACUGCGACGCAGGGUUUGUGAUUUUCUUGGCUGUGGGGGAAAAGCAUAACCUGAUCUAUAAGUACAAAACCCAAUUUACGGAAGCACUGUAUCCUGCCUUCUGGGUAUUUUCCAGUGGCACUGUUCUCUCUGUCUGUCAACUGAAACCAUGAAGUCUCUUACCUUAAUUUAGUGUGCCUGAGUAUUUACAUGCAAAUAAUCACACCUACAACAGCUCAUCUCUGUAGCUGUAACAUGUGUUUUGAAUUCAAGGAAAACUAUUAGCUUGCUGGGUGCAAAUGUAAAACCGGUCCAUUUCAGUUCUGGGAGAAGAAAGGAAAAAGCAACUUUCAGCUUAACUUCUAGUUUCACAGCUGCAUGCUGAAUGAAGAAAACAAGAAUUUUUGCAACAUGGUAAAAUUAGAAGAAAAGGGCUAGUUAGUUGUGUUGAUUCCCCUCCUACCCCCCCAUCUUCAGUAAGCUUUUAAUUUAACUGCAAGUGGGAGGGGAAAUUUCUUUCAGGUCCAAAAUAUUUUUAACACAUGCAAGGUAGCUUUUUUUAACACUAACUUUAAAACAAGAAAUUUGAAGUAAUUCAAAGAAGAAUGACACCAUACAGAAUACUAUAGUAUUAUUCUGACCACACAAUUUUAGUUCAAGCAGCUUCAAAGAUCCUCGGUUAUUCUCUGUUAUUAGCUCUUUUAUACAGUUUGGGGUACCUCUUGAUUCUUUAGUCUGAACUGCUAAAACCUUUAGACGGUGAUUUAGUAAAGUGCUGAUGACAGUAGAUCCUGAGGCAAAAGGCUUUGCAAAGACCUUGAUUGUCCUUCUGAAAGCAAAGUUAUGAUGACAUUAAAUGGCAUCAGUAGCUACUGUGACUUCUACAAUUCUCUGUAGACUUCCAGAAGCAAUUUUCUGUUCCAGACAUGUUGCACAGCAAGCAAUAACAACUCCUCUGAGAAAAAAAAAAAAAAAAAAAAGAGCAGGAAUCCCUUGACAAAUUCAGGUUCCAGGCUUUGAGGUUGAUCUGUAUUGCCUUAUCUUUUCCUCUGUCCUCAGGUUGUUGUGUAUAGUCAGAAUUUGAAAUACGUAUGUUCUCAAUUGGCGAGUACCUGAACUACUGAAAUCAGUAAAUUCAGGUCUUACAACACUAAACUGCUGAGCCACUCUUACUAAACUGUAACAGCCAACAGGACAAAUCUCAUCAGAACAGAAAUGCAGAGUCAAUGAGUCCUGGUAUCACCAUGAAAUAAAUUACAUCUACUUAGAGCCUGGGAAGCCAUAAAAGAAAAGUGUCCUCUGGGAGACAUCCUGCAGGGUAGUAGUGUGCGCCCUGUGAUGGUAUACUUCUUGCGAUGAAGCAUUCUGUCUUGUUCUGAACCAGAAUAUGCUUCAUAUCUUCAUAGUGAAGGCUCUUCAGUAUUUCUUUAUAUUGAGGGGAUCAGGGAGUAUAUUUUGGCCAUGCACAGGAGCAUAAAUGUUUUGUUCACUCAAUGCAGAGUCUCCUUCAUAAAGCUUUUCCCCUUUAUGAAGCAGGAUAUUCUCUGUAGACCUAUCUUUUGUUGUUCAGUAUGUAGUGGCUAGAUUUCCUACGUUCUGGCCAUGCUACUGAGACUGUGGUUUCAGGAGUCUGAAAACGGUGUGCUUAAACAGAGAAUGCUGUUUGUUCUGAGCAUAAAGCCUGCAGGCAGAUAAGUGGGUCUUCUGAAACAUACAGGGAAAUAGCAUAUAGGAGAAUACACUUCCCUCUCUGCUGGAAUGGAUUUUUACUUCUGGUGUUCUCUGCUUUGGAUUAUGGCAUGUGUCCUGAAGUCUUCACUGAGUACAGAGAGGGGAAGAGCAGGGCUGGAAGCCAGAUAAAUAACAAGACAAAGCCAUCAUGGCUAUACUUGGGACGUUCAAGUGCUGAUGAGAGUGAAGUUGUGACAGUGUGGAGGUCCUGAAGUAGUAUAGCUCAUUGAACAUGCAGUAUGGAGUGAUUCCUCUCCAUGGCUCAGAGAUAGGAUUGAACUCUUGACUUGCAAUCGGUUACUUUGGUUGUUCUCUUUUUCUGUGAGGAAGCAUUAGAGUUGUGCUGUGGAGAACAAGAACACUUCACCACCAGGACCCUAAAAUGUUCCUUGGGAGCAGCUUUCUCCGAGAAGAAAUGCUCCAUCUCUUUAGCUGCUUAGAUGUGCCAAAAGGCAGCAGAUUCGCUCAGCAGUGUGCUGAAGGAGCACUCGGUCCCCUCUUCCAUGGGGAGAAAAGUGCUCCAGCAGUGUGUGCAGCAGAGGAAGCCUCCCUCUUCUAUUGAUUGCUCUUUGCCUUUCCAAGAGCUGUCAAUACUGACUGCUAAGCCAUGAGUCUGAGGCACAGACUGGUUAUAGAGUCUGAAGCAUGCUUUAAUGAAGGAAAGAUGGUCAGACAAUGCUGCAUUCUUUAAAUGUAGCAUUGCUAUGUGACCUGCAAGACAUUAUCACAGGCAGUGAAACAAGCCUACUGCUGUAUCAGUGAUUGUUUUUGUUUUUCUGUGCUACAGAUGAUUACAGAUGGUAAACUGAGGGUCUGUUAAUUCAAAAUGAAGUGAGAAAUGCAUACUUGACUAGCUGCACUUCUGAAAGCUUGUAUUUCAAUGAUUAGUUUCAGAUAUUUUGGAUACAUUAAAAUAUUGGGGCUGAUAUAUUAGUCUAAAAUAUUAGUUACAGCAUGAUAAAUAAUGGUUCAAAAGCCUCUUCAGUGCAACUAAAGUUAAUUUUACUCUGUCAGUAGUAAUGAUAAAGCUGUACAGGUUUUAGAUAAAAUGUAGAUAUGAGCACGCUUCUCAGUUACACACCUCUUUUUAACACUGUAAAGAACCCAAGUUACUCAGUCUAGAAAGAGAACUAAUUCUGGUGUUGUUAAAGCCAUGAGGAUGUGAGAAGAUUUGUAUAUUUAUGUACAAAUGAGAGUAAUUAGAGAAACAUCCAUGGAAAAUACACUUACUGUAUUGUAUUAUAAUCCUCUGCUAUUGUAUUAAUAAAUAGAAUAGUAAAAUAUUGCAACUAGACAAACACUCCCGGAAUUACAGAACGCUUUGAUUGUACUAAGCCAUGUAGUACUUCAGCGUGCUAAUACAUGCUAUUUCAUGUAUAAUGUUUCAGCUAGGUAUCCUUGUCAGGGUAAUAGACACAGAUUUUGUUAUCUGUUUCAUAGUUGUGCUUAGAAGUUAUUAAUCAGUUGAUUAUCGUUGAUCUUUUCCCCUUGUCAACUGAAUGACUUGUGAUAAUUUGAAUUCAAUAAAAAUGCAUAGUAAACCCUGUUUUGUUCAAUGCUCAAAGCUUAAGUAACAUGUACGGAAUACAAAAAUAAAGAUUUCAUAA